AAUUUGUGAUUUUUGCUUCCUUAAUCACUAUAGACUCCAUUUGCUAUUUAGUACUGUAUUUAAGUUUUAGGAUAAUUCUGUAUAAUGGUGUUUAGGAAGUGUUUCGUUGGUUACAUUGAGAAAAAAAAAAUCUAUUAUUUUUGUUUGACUUAAAUUAUUUAUUUAUUAAUUUUUUUUAGGUAAUUAAUAAUUGUGUGAAAAUGAAUCUUGGUGGCCAAGUUUAGAGUAUCUUAAUGCCCAAGUUUUAUUCCUAUUCUUAAGUAUUUAUAUAUGUGUGUGUUGUGUGUGUGAGAUGAAGAGUGAGUUGUGAAAAGAGAAGUGAGUGUGAGUUUGUAGUGCGGCGAGAGUGAGGAAGAAGCAAAGGGCCUAUUGGAUUUUCGGUGGAAAGAUUGAGAUAGUAUUUGCAACAAAGACAUAACAACCACUUUCUACUAUGGCAACUGAUGAUGGAGCAGAAAGAGUUGGAAAUGUGAAGAGACAGUUGGCCAAACUGUUUAAAACAUCGCUUAGAGUGAUUGUUCAAGAUGAGGAGUUAGAUGUAGAGCCGUUGAUCGCUCCUUGCACAGGAAAAAUUGGUGGCGAUUAUCAGUGUAAUAACACCAUGAGCCUGUGGUCAAAAAUAAAAAACAAAGGGACUGACUUUAAGGAUCCUUCAUCUGUUGGACAGGCCAUCAUCAAUAAUCUUCCACCCUCAGAAAUUGUGGAAUCAUGCUCUAUAGCUGAAAUAGGCUCUAAACAACCUAAAAGAGUAUUUGUGAAUGUUGUAUUAUCAAAGAGUUGGAUAGCUAAGACCAUACAAAACAUGUUGCUGGAUGGUAUUGAAACUUGGGCACCGAAGCUUUCAGUGAAAAAAGCUGUGCUCGAUUUUUCAUCUCCGAAUAUAGCCAAAGAAAUGCAUGUUGGCCACUUAAGGUCUACCAUUAUUGGAGACGCCCUAGCCCGUUUGCUCGAGUUCUCCAAUGUCAAUGUCCUAAGACGGAACCAUGUUGGUGAUUGGGGAACACAGUUUGGUAUGUUGAUUGAAUUCCUCUUUGAGAACUAUCCAAAUCUGGAAGAUGUUAGUGAAACUGCUAUUGGAGACUUGCAGGCUUUCUAUAAGGCUUCCAAACAGAAAUUUGAUGAUGAUGCUGAUUUCAAAGUGAAGGCACAACAAGCUGUUGUAAAGCUUCAGGGUGGUGAAUCUGAGUAUCGACAAGCAUGGUCCAAAAUAUGUGACAUAAGCCGGAGAGAGUUUGAUAAAGUCUACCAACGUCUUGGAGUGAACUUAGAAGAAAAGGGAGAAAGUUUUUACAAUCCAUAUAUUCCAAGAGUUAUAAAGGAAUUGAGCAAACUAGGAUUAGUUGAGGAAAGUGACGGUGCUCGUGUGAUCUUUAUUAAAGGGGUUAAGAUUCCCCUCAUUGUGGUGAAGAGUGAUGGUGGUUUCAACUAUGCUUCAACUGAUCUCGCAGCUCUUUGGUAUCGACUCAAUGAAGAGGAAGCAGAGUGGGUAAUAUAUGUCACUGAUGUUGGUCAGCAGCAGCACUUUGAUAUGUUAUUCAAGGCUGCCAAACGUGCAGGUUGGCUUGCUGCUGAUGAUAGCAAAUAUCCGAAAACCAGUCAUGUUGGUUUCGGUUUGGUACUUGGACAAGAUGGGAAAAGAUUCAGAACUCGGAGCUCAGAGGUUGUUCGGUUAGUUGAUUUGCUCGAUGAAGCCAAGAGCCGCAGUAAAACAGCUCUUAUCGAGCGUGGCAAGGCCAAAGAGUGGAGUGAAGAGGAGCUUGAAAAAACAGCUGAGGCAGUUGGUUAUGGUGCAGUCAAGUAUGCUGAUCUGAAGAAUAACAGGCUAACCAAUUAUACAUUUGAUUUUGAUCAGAUGUUAAGUGAUAAGGGAAAUACGGCUGUCUACUUGCUCUAUGCUUAUGCUAGGAUAUGUUCAAUCAUUAGUAAAUCUAACAAAGACAUAGAAGAGUUGAAGAGAAGUGGGGUGAUUGUUUUGGAUCAUGCCGGUGAGCGCGAAUUAGGCCUUCAUUUGCUACAAUUUUCCGAGGCUGUUGAAGAAGCAGUCACCAAUCUGUUGCCAAAUGUUGUGUGUGAAUAUCUUUACAACUUGUCAGAAAUCUUCACAAAGAAAUUUUAUACCAAUUGUCAGGUGGUUGGAUCUGCAGAAGAAACUAGCAGACUCUUGCUUUGUAAAGCAACAGCGAUAGUGAUGAAGAAAUGCUUCUAUUUGCUUGGAAUUGAGCCUCUUAACAAGAUUUAAUAUAUAUGUUUGUAUUCAACAUUUUUGACAAUUUGUAGACUACUUUUUUCUAGUAAAUGCUUAUUAUGAGGCUAGAGCAUUUUUUUUCCAUAAA